AAAUUAAAAUUAAGAAGGUCGUCUAGAAAUCCAAAGGAAAAAAAAGGAAAAGAAGAGUUAGGAAGGAGUGAAAGAUAUCCGUCUCCACUGUCCACCUCUCCGGUGUUAUGAAUCCACCGGGGUGGCGUUGAGAGCCUUCACAAAACCCUUGCUUUCCUGUAUACGACUCUCUCCCUUCUCUCUCAUCUGCGUCUAGGGCAACCAUGGCCCACGGUGGCUACGGCAAGCGCAGGGUGAACCCGGCAGCGCGCCGAUCGAAGGCUUUAGCUGUUGAGAAGAAGCCCAAGUCCGUCUCCCUCAAGAACCAGAUUCGAUCCGCUGAGCGCAUGCUUCGCAAGUUCUUUCCCAAAACAGAAAAAUAUUUAGCUUUAUUUACUGGAAGUGAUGAUUCGGACACGGUUGAUAGGAGGAAUAAGUUGCGCAAGCAGAUAAAAGCCAAUCUAAUUGCUGCUGCAGCCAGUGGAAAGGAUUUAGAAGGUAGUGAGGAUGAUGGGUUACUUGACAUGAGUGAGGAUGAUUUCUUCGUAUCUGGUAGCUCAAGUGAUGAAGCAGAUGCAGAUGAUGAAUGGACAGAUAAAAGUGCAAGGGAACAUGCUUCCAGUACUUCUGGCAAGGCAGCAUCAGGCAUGUCUAGCGAUGAAAGAAAUCAUCAGAGGCAGCAGAUCUCUGCCAGAGCCUUAAUGCCACCUCCCCGUCCAACCAAAUCAUUUCCAAGUUCAGCUCAAGCUCGGUCAAAACCAGGGUCUUCAUUAAGAAAAUUUUCGACAAAUCGUAGGGCCGAGGUUUCUUCAUCCAGCAAUACAUCAAGUAGCAGAAGUGGAUCUUCUUUCAAGGCUAGGGUUUCCUCAAACUCUCAUACAGGUCACAGCAGUAAUAUAAGUUCCAAUUCUGAUGCUCACAAACCCCGAAGAAAGAGGAGGCCUAAAAAGAAAAAGCAGCAGGCAUGAUAGAUAGGCGUCGGCUCCCUAUAACCUGACUUCUGAAGCGGUUUGUGAAAUUUUAACCCAACCAUGGAUGUAUCUAAGUCUGCUCUCGACCAGUUUGGAGGUUUGCUUGCUUGCACUAUAUAUAUAUAUAUACUAGGAGGAGUUGGGAAAAUCAUUUCCUUUAGUUCUGAAAUGAUAUGUGAUCUUUUAUUAUGGUUCUUUUUGUGUUGUUUCUUUGUUUUCUAUACGGUUGCAACUUGUAGUGGGACCUGAAUCUUAUGUAGUUCCGUGCUGCUGCUUCUUGUGUGGCCUCUUGAAACUAGUCCACUUAAAUUACUUGUUCUUCGGGAAUGAAUAGUUACAUUGCUCAUUCCCCUAUGAUCCAUUCCCAACAAUUGAGUUAUGUUACCAAAACCAAUUCAUUCACUACGCUGUUUUCUUCU